UUCUUCAAAGGAUAUGAUGCAAAUUUUUUAGAAAGAAUACUUGAUGGUUGUGACCUCUUUGCAAUCAUAGGAAUACAAAGUUUGAUUGAUAAGACUCUCAUAACCAUCAUCAACAAUAAGCUGUGAAUGCAUGAUCUGCUGCAAGAAAUGGGUAGAGAAAUUGUCCGAGAAGACUACUAAACAACCUGGAGACCGUAGUAGAUUAUGGAAAACUGAGAAUAUCCAUUAUGUGUUCAAAGGAAACAGGGGAUCUGCAAAAGUUGAAGGCAUAUUCCUAAAUACAUCUGAGAUGAAAGAGAUAAUUCUGAGCCCUGAAAUCUUCUCACAGAUGCAUAAUCUAAGGUUGCUUAAAAUUUAUAAUUUUGAUGAGGAAGAGAAAUGCAAACUGAAAUUUCCUCAAGGUCUUCAUUGCCUUCCUGAUGCACUUACAUAUCUAUAUUGGGAUGGAUACCCUCUUAAAUCUUUGCCAUCAUAUUUUAGUCCAGAGAACAUUGUUAUCCUUCAAAUGCCUAACAGCCAACUUGAGGAACUUUGGAAUGGCAUUCAGGAUCUUGGGAAGUUAAUAGAGAUGGAUCUUAGUCACUCUAAGCACUUGACUAAAAUCCCAGACGCUGCUCACGCUCCGAACCUUGAGACUAUAAAUCUUGAAUACUGUAUAAGUUUGCUUCAACUUCCUCCAACUCUGCAAUAUCAUUGCAAGCUCAGUUCUUUGAACCUGAGAUGCUGCUCAAAACUUGAGAAACUUCCAGAGCUAUCCAGGAAUUUGAAAAGAGUUAGUUUUGGAAGGAUGUACAGAAAUAAAAGAAGUUCCCUCAUCGAUUGGAUCUCUAGACAAACUCGAGUCUUUGAAUCUUCACAACGGUAAAGUCCUUAUGAAUCU